AUGUCAACAGAUAAAGAUAUAGUGAUCACCGGUAUGUCCGGUCGGUUCCCUAUGUCCGACACCAUCGACGAGUUCGCGAAGAAUCUGUUCGACGGUAUAGAUAUGGUUACAGAGGAUGAUAGUCGAUGGCCUACCGACUUAUACGGCAUAUGUCCGCGUAUGGGUAAAGUGCGAAAUGUCGAUAAGUUUGACGGCUUUUUCUUUGGACUAAUGCAACAACUGGUCGAUGAGAUCGACCCCCAGUCCCGCAUCCUAUUAGAGACUACAUACGAGGCUAUUGUCGACUCCGGUAUUAAUCCGCAAUCACUACGUGGCACGAGAACGGGAGUUUAUAUCGGAGUAUCGAUAUACGCGUGCACUGAGGGCUAUCCCGAGGAAUUACAGCCCGACUUGCGGUCCAACAAACAGCAGACUCUGUUGCAAACGAUGGGUAACCAAAAGGGACUGCAGGCUAACCGCGUGUCCUAUGUGUUCGACUUCAAGGGCCCCUCAAUGGUGGUCGACACGGCCUGUUCGGCCAGUCUCGCAGCAUUUAACCUGGCUAUUAAUGAUUUGAAAUUAGGUAACGUGGACUAUGCCGUCGUGGGCGGCACUCACAUGACAUUCGAGCCGUUUCUGAACCAAAUCGGUCAGGAGGUUAGCCUAUGCUCACCGCGAGGGGUGUCCGCCGUAUUGGACCAAAAUGCGGACGGAUUUGUGAAGGCGGACGGAGUAGCUUGCUUAUUUCUGACCCACAGACACAGGGCCCGUCGUGUGUACGCCACAGCCCUGGCCUCCCGACUUAAUAUAGACGGCAAAAAGACCAGGGGCAUGUUUUUCCCGGCCUCUGAAUCACAACAGGAUCUCAUGGUUAUGGCCUAUAAAGAGGCCGGCGUUGACCCGCUGAAGGUGAAUCUCAUUGAGGCUCACUGUACGGGCACCAGGGCCGGCGAUCCGCAAGAAGUGAAAGCCAUAUACAACGCCUACUGUGCCCUACCCGGCCGUACUGAGCCCCUACAUCUGGGGCUACUGAAGAGCAACAUCGGUCACACUGAGGGCUGUUCCGGGAUUGCGGCCAUUAUUAAGGUGUUGAUCGCCUUUGAGAACGAAUGCAUUCCUCCCAACAUUAACCUCAAACAGAUUAAGGAUGAGUGCAAACAGUACUGCCCACCACUGUUCCCUAACACCGAAAAGUUGUCGUAUAAGCCAGGAAUCGCGGGCAUAAAUAAUUUCGGUAUUGGCGGUCUCAACGGACACGUACUCAUUGAAUGCAACCAUAAGUUGACGGAUGAGGAUAACCUACGAAUAGCUGAGACAAUGCCCCGGAUUAUCAACAUCUGUAGCCGUACUGAUGAGGGCAUCAAAUGUGUGAUGGAUUUCAUUGAACACAACCCGCAAAAGAUUACGCAACAGUUUUUGGCACUUCUGACGGACACUAUGCGUGUGGAGCCCAGUGUUAAUUCAGCCGGAUUUCCAUAUAGAGUUAUAUGA